UAUAUAUAUAGGUAGGAUACAAAUGGAGGUACCAAUCAAACCGGCAGAAAAUAAAAUUCUCAAAGAGUCUCUCUCUCUCUCUCUCUCUCUCUCUUUCUCUCCUAAAAACCCUCUCAAUUAAUUUAGCUCUCAAUAGUAAUAAUCAUGGGAGCGUGCGCCACCAAGCCAAAGGUCGCCAAAGACGACCAGCUCCUCCCUGCGCCGGCGCCUGAAGAAGCCACCAAACCGGCGGCGGAUCCUUGCCCGGUGGAAGAGCCCAAGAAGGCAGAGGAUCAGCCAGCUGCCGUCGCGGUGGAGGAAAAGGAAGUUGUGGUCGUCGGAGAGAAGAAAGAAGUCGAGGAGAUAAAAACAGAGGAGGAGGUCAAAACAGAGGAGGCGGCGGCGGCGAAAACAGAGGAGGGUGAAGAUAUUACUGUGGACGAUGAGAGCGCCAGACGGAGAUCUCUUAGUAACCUUUUCAAGGAGAGCACAGAAGGAAAAGAGACCUCUGUGGAAGAAGGCAAUGAAAAGCCACCAGUAUCAGCAGAAGCAGAACCAAAAGCAGAGGAGGUAGCAGUACAUGAAAAAGUGACACAACCACCUCCACCACCAGCAGCUGAAGAUUGCAAAGAGCCAGAGACCAAAACAGAGGCAGCUCCAGAAGUAAAAGCUGAUGAAGAAGAAGUAAAAGAAGAAGUAAAGGAAGAAGAAGAGGAGAAGAAAUCAGUAGUGACAGUGGUUGAGUCGACACCAAAACCAGAGCCAUCUACUGCUGCUGCUGCUGCUGCAGUUGAAGAGCCAUUGCCAGCUUGUGCUGAAGAAGAGAAGCCCCAGCCGAAAGCAGAGGAAGAGAAGGCAGCUGUUGCUGAGAAGGUAGAAGAAGUUACUGUUGUGGAAGCUAAGAAGGAGGCAGAGGAUGCACAGCCUGUGGAAGUAGUUAAGGAGGCUGUUGUAAAUUAAGUGAUUACAUAAGGUGGUUUGAUAUCUUGGAACCGUUUUCAUUUCUUUGUUUUCUCUUUUUGUGGAGAGGGGUUUUGGGAUAUUUGGUUGUGUUCUUUUGAUUUGAUUGAUUGAUGGAUGAUGAUGCCACAUUUUGAUGGAAAGGUAAAUGGAGGAGUUUGCUUGUGUUGGGAUUGAAGCUUGUACAAAUGUGUGUCAUGUCUAGUAUCCAAUUAUUAAAGUGUUGAUAUUGGA